AUGGACAAGUAUUCUGUCAUUCUGCCAACGUAUAACGAGCGCAAAAACCUGCCAAUUAUCACAUAUCUCAUUGCGAAGCACUUUGAGAAGGCUGGCUUGGACUGGGAAGUGAUCAUUGUCGACGACGCAUCUCCUGAUGGAACCCAAGAUGUGGCUAAACAGUUGAUCAAUCUGUACGGCGCAGACCACAUCCAACUUAGAGCGCGUGCUGGAAAGCUGGGACUGGGAACAGCAUACAUCCAUGGACUGCAGUAUGCAACCGGUAACUUCGUGAUCAUCAUGGACGCUGACUUCUCGCACCACCCUUCGUCGAUCCCAGAAUUCAUAAAGAAACAGAAAGAAGGAGAUUACGACAUUGUCACUGGAACGCGUUAUGCAGGCGACGGAGGUGUCUACGGUUGGGACUUGAAAAGAAAGCUCAUCAGUCGUGGAGCCAACUUUCUUGCUACUGUGGUUCUGAGACCACACGUCUCGGAUUUAACUGGUUCGUUCAGAUUAUACAAAAAGAAUGUGCUGGCUAAAAUUAUCGGGGCAACGAAGUCUAAAGGCUAUGUUUUCCAGAUGGAGAUGAUGGUGAGAGCCAGAGCUAUGGGAUUCACCAUAGCUGAGGUGCCUAUCUCGUUCGUCGACAGAUUAUACGGAGAGUCCAAGCUUGGAGGAGACGAGAUCAUUGGCUAUUUGAAAGGUGUGUGGAAUUUGUUUACCAGUGUCUAGAACCCGCUGCACCGGGUCUCGUUGUGUGUAGUCUGACAUUUUAGGGAGCACACUCGUGCGCCACAUCGUAUACACGAGCUGUAGCUGACGUUGCCGCAAAUGGUGCAGAGUUUUUUCACCAUCACAUGGCCUGGCUUGAUCUCAAGUCCAUUGAACGCGCGCAUCUCGGCCUUAUCUAGUUCAUCCACGUAGUUUGACCAGUUCUUCUUCGAGUUCAGUAUCCGCUUGACGGCCACCGACGGUGUAGAGGUGCGUUUUCCAGCUGGUGGCCCGAGGUUCUUUGGGAUUUCCAGCUUGUGGAUCUCACUGAAGUUCUCUCUAUCGAGCUCUUCAAAUCGUCGGUUGGCUUUUUUAAGUUCAAUGGCAUUAUGGCGUUCCGACUCUUCGUUCUCCUCGUCCCCGUCUUGAUCAAAGUUCUGCUGUUCGAUAGCGUUCUGCAAAGCGGCGAUGUUAUAAUUGA